AUGUCUCCUUUGUCCCCUCCCCAUCCGUCUCCCCAUUCAGGCCACAGUGGGGAAAAUAGUCUCGUGGCGCCUCCCGUGCAGGCUGCGGUGACAGUGGGCAAGCUAGCGGGUGUGGCUGUGGCAGCAGGCAAGCCAGCAAGUGUGGUGGAGAAGUUGGUGGUGAGGCGGCUCUGCAAGUUCUAUGAGGAGAUGGUGCUGCUGGAGAAGCCGCAUGCCAUGGAUGAGAAGUGGACAGUGCAGGUGAGCGUUGAGUGGUGGGUGGGAAGCGCGUCUGUGCGGAAUGAGCAGCUCGUACGAAAUGGUGGUGCUACUGGACCACCCAUAUGCCCCUGGAUGACAGGCGCACCAUGCACGUGGGUGCCCUGUGGUGCACACGGGGAGGUGGUGCUACUGGGGCAGUCCUAUGCCCUAGAUGAUAUGAGCACCAUGCAGUUGAGAAGUGAGCCAUAG